CGGAUGCGCGGAGGACCUCAUUGCUGCGUUGUCUGCUGUGCACCUGCCUGACCACAUCCCCGCCGUCUGUCUGUCUGCAAGCACCCACCACAUCCUCCCUCCUCCCUCCGUCUGCGUCAAUGGUGCUGUGUUGUGCACUUGAGUGCGCUGCGUGUGCAGCGUGCUCGUGUUGCUGCGCCGGCAUUCGGAUGCUGUCCAGCGCUGGCGUGCGUCUCGUGUAUGCCGUUCUCUUCCUUCUCUCGAUCUCCGUCGCCUGGUUCAUGCAGUCGGAUGUGAUGCGAACUGCUCUUGAAAAGGCAGCAAACUCCACAGAUGCGGUGUUCGAUUUCAAUUGUGGUGGACCGGGCCAAGCAUCCUGCCUUGGCGCCAUGGCCACGCUUCGUGUCAUACUCGGCGUUGUGUUCUUCCACAGCCUGCUGUUGCUAUGCACCAUUGGCUCCCAGUCCCGCAAUGACGUCCAAGGAUCCAUCCAUUCAAGCUGGUGGCCCGUCAAGUUCCUGGUUCUGGUUGCACUGGUGGUUGCAUGCUUCUUCAUCCCAGAUGGCUCCAUCGCCCCCUUUUACUACGCGUGUUAUGCCGGCGCCAUCGUCUUUGUCAUUGGUCACACCAUCGUCCUCCUCGGUGGAUCAUACACGUGGGCAGAGACGUGGCGUCAGCGGGCGGACAACAGCCGCGCGUACACGUGUGGCUUGCUCUUCUUCACCGUCGCCUUUCUCGUCGCCAUCAUCAUCCUCACCGUGUUUAUGUUUCUGCGCUUCACGGAGGCAUCAGGCUGCGACUUGCAGAAGUUUGUCAUCGCCUUUAACCUCAUCCUCUUUGUGCUCGCGCUCGUCGCAUCCGUCCUGCCAAAGGUGCAAGAGUACAACGAGUCCUCCGGUGUGCUCCAGGUUGCGCUCCUCGGGUUCUUCCAGACCUAUCUGGUGUGGAGUGCGCUGAGCAGCCGCCCCAUUGGUGAUGGCGACUGCAACAACUUCUCAAACCCGGCACUUGCUCAGAAUGUGCCGAUUUACACGGGCAUGGCGCUGCUGUUCAUGAUCAUCGUGUGGCACGUCACCAACGCUGGUCGGCGCAAUCGCCAGAAGGAGAGCGCAUAUUCUGGUGAAGACCGGACAAAGUGGAAUCAGGUCUACGUUGAAGAGCAAGACGAGGAAGCGGCCAAGACAGCGUCACCGGAGUACUCGUACCCGAUAUUUCACCUGACGUUCAUUCUCGCGGCAACAUACGCCGCCAUGGUCAUCACAAAUUGGAACAAUUUCAAGCAAACGAACGACGUGUACAUGCUUGACCAGACCAACAUGGCGUUCUGGGCGCAGCUGCUGCUGUCAUGGUGCGCGUGGGGCCUGCUGGUGUGGUCCCUUGUCGCGCCGUGCUGCUGCCCAAAUCGCGAGUUCGGGGGCUCAUCCACGCUCUGAACAACAGCCGCCACCUCCACCUCUGUGCUGCCAUCAUAUCAUUGGAGCUGUGGGGUUUAGGAGUGAUGUGACUGUCUUCUGCCUCUUUUGUGUGUGUGUGUGUGUGUGUGUGAGUGUGUGUGUGUGUGUGUCAUGCAACAGCCGCGUGAAACAGAGCAACGCUUUUGUUUCAUAUGCACGCCGCGUGACUAUGAGUGUUAUCUUACAACCUCUUCCUCGCUUAUGUUCGUGUAAACCGGUUUUAUCAGCGCA